CAUUUAUUUUUCAAAACAUUGGUCACUUUAUACUAAUAAAUAGUUUUUCAAUCAAAUAUGCGUUUUCUGAUGGAGUUGGGCUCACCGAACGAUGCAAACUACACUGUAUUCUGCUGUUCUCAUGUCGUUUUGGCUUUUGCCAUUUUUAUGAUCCUUGACUUUACCCUAACUCUAUUCUCAUUUGGCUUAGAGCUUUUCCUCAUUUUCUUCCACGACACUUUUGACCAAUUUUGGGCGAUUUUUCACGGAAUUUCACUGGUUACUUCAAUUUCCGCAGUUUUGGCGAUUUGUGAUAAUCCAGUGGCAAUUAUUGUUUAUGGGUGUCGUGUUAUGUUGAUUUUGGGAUUCGUUACAACUCGGUUCAUAAUCUCAAUGCGUGAUUUCACAUCAAAAGAAGAGCCAACUCUGAGUGAAUUGUUGAAUUUAUUCCAAAUCGUGAUUGUGAUAAUGUACACAAUUGGCAUUUUCCUAGUGAUUCGUCUAUUUACCUAUUCAGCUGGAAGAUAUCGUGGAUAUUAUGACGUGGAUGAUGAUUUGAAAGACGAAAUUCGAAAAAAAUUCCUGGAGUAUGAGGCGGAUUUGGAUGAGAAAUCAGAGAAGAAGGAUUAAUUUUUUUAAACUUUUGAAUGAUUUUUAAUAAAAUGGCUGAGUAGUU